AUGCCAAAACCUCUCUGGAAGUGGCGCUACGAGCAGAAGGAGGAUUUCCUCCUUUUCUUGUACCGAGGCCUCAGUCACCUGAGGCCUGGGUACAUCUCCAACAAACUCCAGGGAUUUGACAUUCACCCGAUGGACUUCUGGACUGGCGACACCAAUCCCUCCUUCAUCUCGUACUUUUUCCCAGACACUGAGACCACCUCCAAAAUUGCCAACACCAAUGUCAAUCCCCAGGAUCCCGUAGACGACCCGUUCACCUGGGCACGGAGGAUGAAGAGCUUCGAAGGCUCUGACUCCGAUGAAAUGCACCAUGCACUCUACGCAGCGUUCGCGAAGUAUCUCCGCAAAUCCCCCGGCGGCAAGCACCAGUCCGCAUGGUGGGAUCCAGUUCCCACGGACGAGGAAAAGUCCCUCUUCAACGGCAAUGACCGGCACAGCUUUACCGUUCAAAGUGGAGCAAGGUGUGCUGACGCGAAGUCCUCGCAUCAACUGGUUGUUAUGAAAAGCAACCAGCUGCACCACGAGACCCUCCCGUCAAUUGGAGAGGUUGUGGUCCUGCUGCGGUGGAUGCUUGAUGCUACCAGAAAGCACAAGCAUCUUCUGGGACGCCAUAGCCGCCAGGGGCAGAAACAGCAUGACUUCCCGACAAUGGUCAUCUCCUUCCUCCCGGACGCCCGAGUCCGCAUCCUGCAUGGGUAUCUCGACAAUAGCGACUGCCUCCAGCUGGCCUAUACCCGAGCACUGGACUUUGACACGGAGGAUUAUGCUGAGAAGAUGGAUAUCCUCCUUCAAUGGGCUUGGCCCGAGGUGCAAGGAGACACCACCAAGCCCAUUCCUCUCCCACUCGUUGACGAGGAGGAGGAUGAGUGGAUGAAGAGCGGAAAGAUGGAGCUGUUGUCCGCGGAGUACAGCGAUGAGGAGAGUGAUAGUGGUCUGUUGAGUGAUUCCGACGAUAUAUGGACCAGCACUGAGGACGACUACGAUUCCUCCAGUGACUGGGAGUCGGUCACAGACGCGAAUGAAGUGGAUGCGUGCGACCAAGUCCCCAUCGGGGGAUGUGGGAGGUGA